UUAUGUCUCACUCGUAUUAAAUACGUACAUGUAUUUGUUAUUGCUUAAUAUACGUUUCGCUCAUCAAACGGACUUAUUAAAAACUGGAAUGAUUUUAUUAGCAUUUGUUCUUUCCUCGCUGCUAGAAAGCGCGUUGUGUGCAGAGAAGUGCGUGUACAACAUGACGUCACAGACCGGUAUGAGCAUUACGAGGCACGAGACAACCGUGUACUGUGAGGACGGAUGUUGUGCAACCGCAGAGCUGCCGAGCAAGUGCUGCGAACCGAAGGAAUGGAACUCCUGGAUGAUGGCGACGUUCGUGCUCGGCGGUUCACUCGUCGUCGUCAUCAGUGUCGUGAUCGUCGGCGUCAUCGUCAAGAAGAAGACGCGCAAGAAGGAGCGCGUGGGCACGGCUGACGGAAAAGCUCCAAUACACGACAUAUCUCGAUUCUACAAGGACACACAUGGCGUCACACAUGACGUAAGACCUCCUCAAUACGAUGACUUUAUGAUGUAUCCUCGGGAUAACCAUGAUAAUGACGUCCCAGGUAACGUUUUUCCUCGUGCUGACCAUUUUGAUUACGUAACGUUUCCAUGUGCUGACAAGGAUGAUGACGUAAUGGGUCACGUGAAUCCUCGCGCAGAUCAAGACAUUGAGGUCCCUACUAUCAUUGAUGCGAACGCCCAAAACAUGCCACGUGAUAAAACGAGUCCACAGAUCCCGGACUAUAUGUUGGUUCUGGACAAAAACUAGGCUUGGCGAAGGAUUUUGUUAGGGGUGGUCCACUGGAAUGAAUAAAUAUUUGAACCGCGUCUUGCGAAAAUGCGUCUUAUUCCAUAUGAGUCUAGCGAUCGCGCAGUCUGAUCAGGAGCCACCCUGUCCGCUAUGGAGACCAGGAAACAUUGUGUGACCUUAAAGCGGACAGCGUAGCUUCUGACUAGACUGCGCAAAGGCACAUGCUGGCCGUGGCAUUAGACACAUUUUCGCAUGAUGCAGAUGAUUUUAUCUAUAUUUUGACAUGUUUUGUAUAAAAUUAUGUAAUUUGUUACUUGACUUGAUUAAAACCCACUCGAUUUUCAUGUAGUUGAAUUAUUCCUUGUUUCAACAAUUUCUGCACCAUAAUAACUACUUGUAAAUGACCUUUAUAUGCACAUAGGGACAAGUUUCUCGUCAUAAGUUACAUAAAAUAAUGCGUUUUUUUUUUUACUUUUUAUUGGUGUAGAUCUAUUUCUUCA